GCUAUUCAGCACCAUCUUCCUCUUCAAUGCUACUUUUUCACGGGUUAAGACAUACAGAUUGACAGGCGGUCAUCUCCGCUUCGCCUCGGUGUUGCAGCCGUACGGGUACCUGUGUAAUUGAGGAAGGCGAUACCGCAGAUGUUUGGUUCUCCGUGGGCCUGUAACACCGCGAGCAACCCACCAACAAACAAACGGCCUGACACUGACAACGAGACGGAGCUCUAUCUAAAAUCGAUUGAAGACUAUACAGCGACCUCGAAACAGUACGUCGUUGCCUCAAACGCCAAGCAGUCACCGCUAUUGACCAAAAAUGCAAUGCAUCCUACAUAUACGGUCUCAACACGAUCAGAAAAUGAUCACCUCUUGGCCGUUUUCCACUGCGUACAGGGAGACGGGUAAUCUUGCUUUAUACGCAAUUGCGACACCACGCACGCUUGUGCUGAGUACUAAUCCAUCACGGAGUAUACAAGAGGAUGCACGGCAUCACAA